AUGAAGUUGAAUGACACCGUCAUCCGUAAAUUUCGCGUGGCCAAAGUAUUCAAGGAGAACAGUGAUAAAAUAAAUAGCAUUGAUUUCUAUGCAAAUGGGGAAACACUUAUUUCGAGCAGUGAUGAUGAAUCCAUUGUGAUUUACGACUGUCAAAACGGAACUCCCAAAAGAACACUAAACAGUAAGAAGUAUGGCGUGGACCUCAUCAGAUACACUCACACAGUUACAACAGUAUUACAUUGUUCAACUAAGGUUGAUGAUACCAUAAGAUAUUUGUCAUUACAUGACAACAAAUACAUUCGUUAUUUUUCUGGACAUACAAAAAAAGUGGUUACAUUAUGCAUGUCCCCAAUUGAUGAUAAGUUCCUCUCUGGAUCACUGGACAAAACAAUUCGUUUAUGGGACCUCCGCUCACAAAACUGCCAGGGUUUAAUGCAUCUUCUUGGCAGACCAGUUGCAGCUUUUGAUCCAGAGGGACUGAUAUUUGCUGCUGGAAUCAAUUCUGAAAGUGUAAAACUUUAUGAUCUUCGGUCUUUUGAUAAGGGUCCAUUUACCACGUUCAAGUUGAAUCAGGAUAAGGACUGUGAUUGGACAGGAAUGAAAUUCAGUCCAGAUGGGAAACUGAUCCUGAUUUCCACCAAUGCUCAAGUGAUCCGCCUCAUAGAUGCUUUUCAUGGCUCUCCCUUGCAUACAUUUACAGGACACACAAAUAACAAAGGAAUUCCAUUAGAAGCAUCAUUCAGCCCGGAUUCCAAGUUUGUGUUUUCAGGAUCUACCGAUGGUAAGAUUUACUGUUGGAGCACUGAAACGGGUAGCAAGGUGGCUAUGUUGAGUGCAGACCAUCCUGGCCCUGUACAGUGUGUCCAGUUUAACCCGAAGUAUAUGAUGCUGGCGACAGCCUGCACAAACAUGGCUUUCUGGCUCCCAUAUGUUGAUGAGUGA